AUGACUUCGAGGCUGAAGCAUAAGCUUGAGAUUGAGAAUGUCAAUCUCAACAGCGCAUACUUGAACGAAUCCUUCGUACAGAUCGGUACGCCUCUACCUGCUUUAGCAGAUCACAAGAAAGAUAAACAAGAGUAUGUACCUGAGUGGCAACAGGAGGUCCGAGAUGAACAAGGGAGAAGAAGGUUUCAUGGAGCUUUCACCGGUGGUUUCUCAGCUGGUUAUUAUAAUAGUGUAGGAUCGAAAGAAGGAUGGACGCCGUCAACAUUCAAAUCUUCUAGAUCGAAUAGGGCGAACAAAGUUCAACGAGCUGAAGACUUCAUGGAUGAGGAAGAUCUUCAACAGCUCAAAGAUGACAGGAAAUUAGAAAAUACUGAUAUCUUCAAGAAUGAUGGAUUUGGAGGUACGAAAGAAGAACUGGCAGGCAAGAAUUUACCAUCAACAAUCGAAUCACUAAUAGCACCUUCACGUACUUCUAUAGGUGAGAAAUUGUUACAGAAAUUAGGUUGGAGACCAGGUCAAGGUAUUGGACCAAGAGUAACACUCCGUAAAUUGAAAUUACAACAAGGUAAACUUGGUAAAGCCCGAUUAGGAAUUCAAGAUGAUAAUGGUAAUGGCAAAGAGGAUCAAGAGGAUAAUGAAGAGAUUGGAGAUGAAGAAGGUUCAAAUUAUACUUUCGCUCCUAGAGAUGUCAAACUUUUGACUUUUGAAGCGAAAGAGGAUAAACAAGGUUUGGGAUAUGUUAAAGGAAGUGGAAUGGGAUCCUUACCUGGAAAACGACCAGCGAUGGGCGCAAGAAGUCUAGAUAAUGAUAAUGAUGACCCUUAUGCCGAAGCUGGACCUUCUUCGAGACGUCUAGCUUUCGAUUUGGCCGAUGACGACGAUGAUGUGAUUAUGAUGGGUGGAUCAUCUCGUCCCGGACUAGGGUCGAGGUCGAACAAGGAGAAUGUAGGUGGGAGACAGUCGUCGGGACAGGAUACAUGGCAUGAUGGAAGACCUGUCUUGCUCGGGUUCGCGCUAGAUCCGAAAGGUGUACCACCAGAUAAAUGGUUUGUCAUGCCAGAUAUAUCCCCUGAUUGGAGACCACGUCCUGCAAGAGUAUGGGGAACAACGAAAAAAUGGGAUCAACAACCUGGUCAAGAGGAGAAGAAGAAAGAAGUGAUUAGAGGCGAACCUGGAAGACCUUUAACGUUCGAGCAGCGUGGUGCAGCCUUAGGAGAAGAACAACGUAUAUCCAAAGCUAAAUCUGUAUUUGACUAUAUGUCUUCCAAAGAAAAUGAAAGACUCGCUUCUCUUUCCUUACAUGCUCCAGCACGACCGCCACCACCAUUAUCUCUCGAACCUCCGCCAGAAGAAGCUCAGACUCCCCUUGCAACAGAGAUCACUGUUCCUCCAUUAUCACCUCGAACCGCUUCAGCAGCGUUGAAGGGAUUCAUACCUUAUGGUGAUGAUAUACCACGGCAAGACCGAUAUAAAUCAUACUUGGCUUCUCAAACAUAUAACACUAUAGAACCUAAUCCGGUCUUGAAGAAAGGUUCAAUUGAAGAGAUUAACAAAGAACUGGUUGAUUUCGCAUCAUCGGCAAGAAUAUUCAAACCGAUGUCUUACGCAAUGUCAAAUAGAUUUACAACGGGAUCAUCAAGUUUAGCUGUAUCAGAUUUAAAACAAGCUAAACCAGGUUUACAUUUAUAUGAUGCCGAAAAAGCUAAAUUAGAUGAAUUAUCAAAGCCAAAACAAGUUUCAGAAACUCAAGUGAAAAAGAAUCUGACACCAAGAGAACAAGCUGCUAAAAAUGGAAUGUACGGUAAAAUGACCCGAGAAACAAAGAAUUUUUAUCCUGUUAAAUUACUUUGCAGAAGGUUUGGUGUACAAGAUCCACAUCCUGAAGGUGAUCCAUCACGUGGUCAACACCCUUCUUCUUCUUCAUCAUCUACCAACAAUGUAGAUGAUGUACCGUUACCUAAAAAUGAUGCUUCAUGGGAAUCAAAAUUUAUAUAUCAACCUUCAUCUGCAUCUGCCUCUGACCAAAACGGAGCACCAUCCACGAAAGAAGAGAUCACAGGAGAAAAACAACCUACAUCGAUCGCAGAAGUAGGAAUGGCAAAUGAUGUAAAUCAAGGUAGAGAUACUCUGACCUAUAAGAAACCUGGUAUUGAUAUCUUCAAAGCUAUCUUCGCAAGUGAUGAUGAAGAUGAAGACGAUGACGAGGAAAAUGAUGAAAACGCCGUCAAGAAUGAAAAUGAAAAUCGAUCUCUCGCUAAUAGCACGAAUCAAGUGGUGGCCAAGAUUGAUCAAGUCGAAAAGUAUCGUGAUCCUUUCCCUGUGAAAGAUGAAGGUCCAGUCGAUCUCAGUACUUUCAAACCUGUGUUCACGAUUCGUAAAGAAACUGAAGACAAAUCGAAGAAGGAGAAGAAGAAAGAUAGAUCCAAGAAGAGAAAAGGGGUGUUGAGUUUCGACGUAGGAGAAGAUGGGGAUGAGGAAGAAAAAAACAGCCGAGAAGAGAAAAAGAAGAAGAAGAAGGAUCAAGAUAAAGGAAAGGAAACGAGAACAAACGGUACAAGUUCAGGGAACGCUAAGGUCGUAGAUGUCGAAGCAGCGGAAGGAGAGUGGGUAGAAAAACAAACUGUUGUACCUAGAUUAGCCGGAAGGAAAGGAGCCGCAGAUUUCAUGUAA